UACAGUAAAAUCGCUAAAAAUCUGCAGGUGCCUUAUUAACUCCCCUGCAGAAUAUCGAAAUAGGUGGCGCUGCAUUUCAACUCACAGUUUCGUACAUGAUUCUUCGAAAUAAUUUUUAAAUAAAAGUCCAAAACUAAAUAAUUAAAUAUGUUAUUUUGUCUUAAUUUGUCAUAAUAAAGACAUCUAUAACAAUAAACGAUGGUAAACACUUGUAAAACAAUAAAAACUAAAAAGCGAAACUGUCGCGCAUGCGCUCGGAGAACCGGAUCUAACAAAAAAACGUGUGCGAAUAAACGUAAACAUCCAACGAAAAACCUCCGAUUCAACGAAAAACCUUCGAUUCAACGGAAAAGAAAAUAGAAAGAUAUCAACCAGGAAAGACAGGAAGAAUAAUCUGCGACUGAAAAGGAAACGUGUUGCUGUUGGUGAACUGUAUAAGAAGCUUGUGAGAUUUCCAUUUGAAAGGGGAGUUGUCCUCGUACCCAUGCUUCAUACAAUUGAGCACUGAGCAAAAGAAUGUACGCUUUAGUAGUGUGGUUGGAAAAUGGAAUUGAGGUAGAGGGAGUCAUUCCAAUUUCCUGGGUGGACUUCAUAGAAAAUGUGAUAUAUUGGCCACCUGGAGUGGACGCAAAACCCUACAUAGAAAAACUCAGCACGCCACUAAUAACUUCCUGGAGAUCCUUUCCGUUGAAGAAAGUUAAACAUAAGUCUGAACAGAAGUCUGAAUGUGAUGAUUAUACUUUCACAACAACUCAAGAGACAGAUUCAGAGGAGGAGGAUCUGAAACGGAAGCCAAAGAAGAAGAGCUUUCAAGAUUAUGUAACUGGUUCAGAAACAUCAGAUGCUUGUGCUACAGGCGGUACCAAAACUGGAGAUUCUGAACAUGAGAAAUCCAAUUCUGACACAUCAGUUGCUUGUGCUACAGGAGUAACUUAUACUGGAGGCUCUGAAUAUAAGAAAUCUGGAACAUUGCCAAUACCACCAAAUAAGAAAAAAAGUACAUCACAAGCAGUUAUAAGUCCAGGAACAAAUCUGGCCUCCAAAAGUCAACUUUCUGGUCUGUCCCAGACUAAAACUUCUACAAGUCAGUCCCUGACCAAAUAUAGUAAAAGUUCUAAUUCUGGUCAGUCCCAGACCAAAACUGCUUCAAGUAAGUCCAUGACCAAAAAUAGGCAAGGUUCUAUUUCUGGUCAGUCCCAAACCAAAAUUGCUCCAAGUAAGUCCCAGAGCAAAACUACUCUAAGUCAGUCCAAGAGCAAAAGUACUCCAAGUCAGCCUCAGGCAAAUAAAAGUAGUUCAGGUUCCCUUACUGGUCAGAACAAGACCAAAACUAUUUAUAGAUCACGGUCAAGGUCCUCUUCCAUGUCAAGUUUACCAUUGAGGUCAAGGUCUCAAAGUAGGUCUAGGUCAAGGUCGUCUUCAUUAGGACAGAUUAAUAUGUCACCCUUUAUGUCCAGCACUAUGUUAGAAGACAAGUCAUGCAGGUCAAGGUCUAGAUCAAAAUCCAAUGAGUCUAGAUCAAGGUCAAAAUCUAAAACGUAUCGCCAUAAUCGUUCCCACAGGUCUAGGUCAAAAUCAUAUAGGUCUAGAUCAAGAACAAAUGAAUCUAGUUCUCAGUCAAAAAAUAAAGAGUAUCGAAAAUACAGGUCUCGGUCAAAGUCAUUCAGGUCUAGAUCUAGGUCAAGAUCCAAUGAAUCAUAUGCUAGGUCAAUAGACAGGUCCAACAGGUCAUCCCGCAAGUCAUUUGACCGAUCAGACAGGUCAGUUGUUCCCCCGGACAACUCAACUCGGAAGUCAUCGACUAAUAAAACUGAGGACAAAUUUCCUAUGCCAGAAGCACGAUUUCAGAGACGUGUUCUGUUCAAACUCUGCGAGUUAAGUGCAGAAAUACAGUCUUUGAAAAGAAUAAAAAGUGUACGACAAGUCGGGACUGUUGAAGAAGAGGACUUUUUCCAGGCAGAUUCUAUUGAUGAGUUCAAUCUGUUGGACGAGAGAAUAAAAGGACCAGAGGAACGACAAAAAAUGGUUUAUCAUCUUUCACUGAUUGGUGGAGCAAAUACGAAGCAGGCUGUGCAGAACAUAUUAGAAAGAUUGAUGUCUAAUAGACUGAUGUCUAAAUUCAACUCAAAGGGAGUUAAAGGGAAGCUAUCGUUUGAAUCAUCAGAGACAUUCAAAGUUGUAAUUGCUAGUGCCAUGAAGGGAAACAAUGAUAUUACAGAACACCAAGUCAAGGAAGUUAUCAGCUACCACCUGAAAUACGCCCCAUACAGGAAAGGAGGUGGAAAAAGAUACCUUGACAAUAAUCCAUAAUUUUUGUUAAUGACAUGCUAAGGAUGCCUCACGCUUAGGACCUGCGGAUAAAUGUUUUGUGGCUUAUCCCUUUACCAAACAAUAACGGGAUUUUACGGGAUUGUUGCAGACGAAUCUUGAAAUAAUAGUGAUACAAGGAGAAAUUGCUCAUGAUGAACAAUUUCUCCUUUUAUCACAAUGAUUUCUUCCCUACCACAUUAAUUUCUCCAUAUUCCAUUACAAUUUUGUUAGCCUUCCAAAACCUCUUUCAAUUUCUGAGUGUCCAAAAUUUGCCAUUUGGUAAAGGGUUAAAGUGCUUAUUGGUAUGAAGGAUUAAUGAAGCUGUACAACAAUCUUUUACACAUUUAAUUUCACCGAUUUCUCGAUAUCUUUUAACCCUGUUUAAACAUGUAUUCAUGAUUUUCAUGUAAUGACGAACACUGUUAAAUAGUUUUGUAUUAAAUAUGAUAUUGCAAGACAAUUACAAAUGCCAUCAAUUCUUGACCCUUAACCAAACAGUAACAAGAUUUUAGGGGAUUGUUAAAGACAACUCUUAAAAUGUUUGUGGAAAAAGGAGAAAUUGCUUAAUUAUUUCUAACUUACCAAAUCAAUUGUUUCAUAUUCUAUAACAAUUUAAUUAGUCAUCUGCAACCUCUUUCAAUUUUGGUCAGUCCAAGAUAUGUUGUUUGAAAAGGGUUAAUUAUCUCUGUAUCCAGUGAUGAAUCAAUUAGUGGUCUGAGUCGAACACAAAAGUCUUUUAUCCAGUGUUGAGUCCAUUACUGCUCUGACUAAACCCCAUAGGUAGUUCAUUACUGCAGAUCUUUGACUCUUUUAGCAGACAACCAAUUUGAAACUUUGCCAUAACAAUUGUAUUUGGCAUCUGCAAUCUGUUUCAAUUUGGGAAGGUCUAAAAUUUGUCGUUUAGUAAAGGGUAAUGGGUGCAAUCAAGCCUCGCAAAAAAAGUUUGCUACUAUUACUAUUGGUGAUUGUUUUGUUUUAAACAGUCUUAUUGCACAUGUAUAUUGUAAAGUUUAAUUACAACAUGGAGAAGGCCAAGAUUUUGUAUUUUGUAGAUCCAUAAUUGUAAAUUACUAUGUGUUAUUACUAUAUUUAUAGCAAACAUGUGCUUGACAUUUUUUUAAACAAUGAAAAUGCUACAACGACCCAGAACACACUCAAAUAGACGUUUGAAAUCUCAAAUUCAGUAAUAUCAUCAUGAACUGCUGGGUCGAUUUCCAUCAUACUAGAUCUGUUAUGAAUUUACUCUUGAAAGGACUAUUUGUGAGCGAUCCAGGCCAAACAUGUUCUAACUUCUUCAUUACAUUGCUUUGAUAGAUAUGUCAUGUGAAUGUUAUUAAUUGAAUCAUUUAAUGAAUUGACCAUGUCUGUAGAGAUCUGUAAUGAAUACACUUCUUGGAAGAAGUACAUAAAAUGAAAUGUUUGUUCGUUUUCAUUUAAAGAAUUACAUUUUGCAAAAAGAUAAUUAUGUAAAUAUGUGGUCAUUGAAAUGUCUGUCACAAUCCCCUUUGAAAAAUAAAGAUGGGAAAACAA